UUUUUCUUCUUCUUCUUUUUUUUCUUUUCUUAAACCAUCACCAAGAGAACAGAGUUAACCGGGCGAACAUUCUGAUAUCUCGCGCCCCCCCUUUCCCUUUCCCUUUCCCCUCUCCUUAUUCAAUUCCAAUCAUUCGUUUUUGGAGGCUGCCGUAUCGAAACUAGCCUCUUUUUUUUGUUGUUGUUUUAUUAUAUACGUUUUGCGAAGAGAAGGAAGAAAAACCGACGCCGGCUAGUCGUUACAUUCCUCGCCCGAGUCACAUCGCCCUUUGUGCUGAUCGACUUGCGUGCCGAUGUGUCCACGUCCUAGCCUGACCUGAUUGCAAGGAUUAACCAGACCAGUUUCGAUCGAUAUGUCAUCUGAACCGGUGCGCCCAACAACACCCAAUGCUGGUUCCGCCGGCGCAACGCAGCAGCUAACCUCUGCAUUCUCUCUGCAGGUGCACCCAUUGCGCAUCACGAAGGGCAGCACGCCGCCAAACGCAUCACCCACGAAAGCGCCCAACCUUCCCCAGCCCCGCCCCCUAUCUGAAAUUUCGCCCACCGAAAGGAGACGUAAUUCUCCUAGCUGGAACCAAAUGUCUCCUUCCAAGAAGUCGGCGCUCAGCAAUGACUCGUCCCCAUUCCAGACUUCGCCCGCCGAUUCGGUGACAUCGCCGCGGGUCUUCUGGCAAAAUCGAAACUCGGAAAACAUGUACAGCACCGGCUCGCCUUCGUCCCACCGCCGCUCCUCGAUCGAGCGUCUCCAGAAGGCUUCCCGCGUCAAGAACAGCAACAUUUUGGCGCUUGAACAGAAGCAGGAAUAUGAUCCAACUCGGAUUCCUCAGAUCGAACGUCCCCUAGCCAAGGUCCAGCCCGGCGCAUUCAACUUUUCAGGAGGCUCGCCCGGUCCUCAGUCUGCCGAUGGCGAUAAGUCUACAUCCCCGAUGAGCCCAACCAAAUCAGACUACUCGGGCCCCAGCACGCCGAGGGGACCCAGCAAAGAUCAAGCUUCGCCCACAAAAUCAUCGCUAUCUCCUUCCAAAUUCAAGAGUAGCUUCGACCAUGAGACGGGCAUGUGGUCUGCGGACACCUCCGCUCUAGACGGUCCCCCAAGCGGUCGAUCUUCACAUCGCCAUACGAAGAGCGUGACAUUCGAUAAUGCACCACCUCAGAUCAACGAGUAUGAGAUGGCCACCCCAGAUCUCUCUUCUAUUGGCACGAAUUCGCGCGAAGGUAGUUACGACUCGGAAGAAGACGACGAUGAAGAUGACGAAGAUCUUCUUUACGAUCCUGCUCACAUGGGUGGCCCAGAUGAUGAGAGCUUUGACGCAUCUCUCGAGGAUACAGACAAGACUCCAGUUGUGGGGCCCGAUGACUGGGCUAGAGACAAUUCUUUAGUUCACCACGGUGAAGGCGACGACGAUGAUGGCAGUCUGAUGCCCGAGGGAACUCGAGGAGCAAUCAGUUCUGGGCGCUUAUCCAUGGGAUCUGUUGGAUCUGUCGCAGAAAACCGCCCUCUCCCUCCCCUCCCUGGCGCAGGUCACGUCAGGAGCCAGUCUGCCGGCUCUGUGCCCUCAUCCCCAGCCCUCUCACAAACUCCAGAGGGCUCACAUAGAAGUUUGCCCGUCCCACCUCCAACCUCUGCCACAAAAUCCGACAUUGAGAGCUUUAUUAGCGGCAAGAUGUCGCUUGAAGAAAGACUUAAGCUCAUGAUGUUGUCUGAUGAUAGCAGUGGUAAGACUGCUGCCGAACAACAACGCGAGCGACGUCUUCGUCGCAGCUCUGGCCGCAGCCGAAGCUCAUUAGGUCGUGAUGACUCGCUCGCCAUGGUUGACACUCAAGAUAGCCAAAUCGGCAACGACACUCAUAACGAUGAUGAGCUGGAGGCGCAUGAUGCCCAUGAGACUCAUGAGGAAGAAGAAAAUAUUGGGGACAUGUCAGGAAUUGGGGAUUAUCAGCUGCCACAGCCCAUUUCCAGGGAGUCUAUUAUGAAGCGCGUUAACGGUAACAAGGCAUUGACGGAUCCCGAAGCAGAUUAUAACUUUUCUUCGCCGCCUGGUAGUCCUCUUCGAGACCAACACUUUCCUCUUGACCCUGACGUUCCCAUUCCAUCAACUGAAGAUUCAUUGAUGGACGAUGAAGACGAUGACGAUAGGAGUUAUGACGACGAAGAUGAUUAUGACGACGAAGAUCCCGCGGAGAGCAGUGUGAUUAUCCAUCGUGUCAUUCAUGAAGACUCCACCGGAUUCGAUAUGUACGACUCCGAUUACGACGAUGAAUAUGACGAUGAGCUUGAUGGUUCUCACUUUCAAUCUGAUGACGAUCUAGAAGGCUCCCACUCUCACUAUGGCGGAGAGGACAGCGAAAUCACAGAAGAUGGCCUUGACCAUAAAGAAAAACCUGUCGAGGAAGACCUUACUAUUGAAGAACCGGCCAAGGAACCCGCCAAAGAACCUGCCAAGGAAGCAGUAAAAGAAGCAGUAAAAGAGCUUUCGCCCCUGGACCAUGAGAACGACGCUGAAGAGGCGCUGACCCCACGAGCCAUCUCGCCAAUGGAGGCCAAUGAACAAAGCCAUCAUGACGCUGAGUCUAGUAUUGUUAGCGAAUUUGCGGGCUCAGUGGUUUCUGACCUGGAAUCGGACUUUACUUAUGACACAGGGCUAGAUCCCAACCAUGAUGUCUCAGAGGAGCUGGAUGAUGAGUCGCCAAGAAUAUCAACUGAGAUCCCCCAAAUUAAAACACCAGAAAAAUUGGUCCCGAAGCCAGACUAUGACGGCACCGGUUGGGGUGAUGAUUCAUUCAAGUCGUAUGACGACGACAGGUCGGGAACCCCCGACUCUGUCAUCCACAAUCCCGUAUCCGAAGAUGAAGAUGAAGAAGAUCACACGAUCCUUGAGAGAGAAUCCCCCGAAAUUCCCGAACGGCUCGCAACGAUCAAGGCCUCAGGCUCCAAGUUGAAGACAAGAGUCUCUAAUACGCCUUCCGACAUUGUAGCCAUGCGAGAAGCCCGCAGGCACGUUAGCGGCGAAAUACCAAGUGUUCCAUCAAUCCCGAACAAGCACCGCGGGCUUGCCCCUCGAGAUGGCAAAGAUCUGGAGCUGAGCAGUGACAGUUUCCUGGCGCGACAUCCAAGUUUUAAGAAUCGGAGUCUCACCCUUGAUCUGGAUAUGGGCCUCAGCUUGGAUAAGGAUUUUGAACGAGUUAUCGAGACACAAAAGCGCGGAUAUCUGAUGCGACAAAACACCAAGCUCGUGACUGCCAGCGACAAGGAUGCGGAAGAUUCUUGGAGGACACGAUCAGCUAAUAAUUCACCCAUCAAGGCGAAUCGCCCACAGUCAUGGACCGUCGAACCCUGGAACAGCCAAACUCGUCGCAGCAUUCGAAAGGGACAACCGGUUUUGAGCCCUGUUCCACCCCUACCGGGUCAAGAGAGCAAUGCCACCGCUCUCAAUAAGGUUGUUGAAGAGGACUACAACGUUGAUGUGGCCAACCCAGACUCGGGUGAGAGGGGACGUCUCUUUGUCAAGGUUGUUGGCGUGAAGGAUCUUGAACUACCUAUUCCGAAGAAUGAGCGAAGCUGGUUUAGCCUGACGCUGGAUAACGGCGUUCACUGUGUGACAACAGCUUGGUUGGAACUGGCUCGCAAUGCACCGAUCGGCCAAGAGUUUGAACUUGUCGUUCCAAACGACCUCGAGUUCCAACUGACCUUGAACGUAAAACUAGAGAAGCCGACUUACUCUCACGUCCAGCCUGCGGCGGUCAAGAUGGCCAAACCCAAGACAUCAACCUUCAGCAGGGUUUUUGCGUCACCCAAGAAGCGCAAGGAGCUUGAGCUUCGGCAGAGAGCAGAGGAGGAGCGCUUUGCGCAGCAGCAGAAAGAGGCGCUAGCGCGGCAACGUAAAGAUGCCGGAUCGGCCUACGAGCUCUUUUCACGGUUAGCUGCCGAAGAUGGAAGCUUUGCUCGAGCUUACAUCUCCUUAAAGGAGCACGAGAAUCGAUGCUUUGGUCGCCCAUACACCGCCGAGGUUGUUUGCUUCAACGAGUGGGCUAGCGAGGAAGAGAGCUUCGCCUCUACCAUCAAGAGCAAGCGAGGCAAUGCUUCUGGAAUUCUCAGGCGGGCGCCGUACAAGAUUGGAAAGCUAGAGCUUCAGCUUCUCUUUGUACCUCGCCCCAAUGGCGUCACAGACGACGAUAUGCCCAAGAGCAUGAAUUCAUGCAUUCGAGAGCUCAAGGCUGCCGAAGAGAGGCUCGCCCGUAAUUGGGAAGGUGUCUUGAGCCAACAGGGUGGUGACUGUCCCUACUGGCGCCGUCGAUACUUUAAGCUUGUUGGUACAAAGCUGACUGCUUAUCAUGAGGCUACUCGCCAGCCCCGUGCAACAAUCAAUCUCUCCAAUGCCAAACGAUUGAUCGAUGAUCGUAGAACAUUGAUGGAGAAGGAGACAACCGGUAAAGGUGGAAAGCGCCGGCGAUCUGCUUUCGCAGAAGAAGAAGAGGGCUACAUGUUUGUUGAAGAGGGAUUCCGCAUACGCUUCAACAACGGCGAAGUCAUUGACUUCUAUGCUGAUACAGGUGAAGACAAGGAAGGCUGGAUGAAGGCCCUUUCCGACGUCAUUGGCCGUGGAGAUGCCGGUUUAGAAGAGGAAGCUGGUGGACCCCGAUCGCGGGCGAAGUGGUGCGAGCUUGUCCUCAAACACGAACAGCAGAUUCGACGUCGCACUGAGAGCCGAAGAGUGCACUCACGGACGAGGAGUACGUUCAACUAAGAGGGGAUGGGCAAGACGCAUGGACUUGGGAUGUACUUGCUAUGUUAUGAAUACGUGUUGGAUUAUGGGGUAUAACCGAUGGAGGUGGAGGGGCAUGGCGCAAAUUUGCUACUACAGACACAUUCAUUGGCGUUGCCGGUGC